AUGGACAAGUCUUGGAUUUCAAAAGAUAGGGAUUCUUUAGAAUAUGAAGUGGGGGUUGAAUCUUUCUUGAUAUUUGCUGAAGAAAAUGCUAAGAAUCGUAAUAAAAUCCCUUGCCCCUGUGCACGUUGUGGGAAUUUUAAGAAGCAUUCUGUUAAAAUAAUUAGAGGUCAUUUAUAUGAAAAAGGAUUUAGUUUGGGGUAUGUUGAUUGGAUAUGGCACGGAGAAAAGUGUCCAACUAGCGAGUCAGCACCAAAGUCUUCUUUUGGUAGUAAUUCAGUCGAAAUUCCUACAUCCGAAAAUGUUGACAUAUGUGAAGCAGCGUAUGAGAGGAGUGAAUAUAUUGAUGAUUCGGGUGAGUUUAGUAGGUUUGUCGCUGAUGCAGAACAACCGUUAUACGAGGGUAGCGACAACAGCAAAUUAGAGUCGAUGUUGAAAUUACAUAAUUGGAAAUCUAGGUUUGGCAUAAGCGAUAGUGCCUUCACCGAUCUUCUUUCUUCUGUAGGGUCUUUACUGCCUAAAGACCAUGUGUUACCCGAGAAUGCGUAUGAAGCAAACAAAACCCUAACUGAUUUAGGACUUGAGUAUAUUAAGUUUCACGCGUGUCCAAAUGAUUGUAUACUGUACAGGGGUUUAAAUAUUGAUGCGUCGGAGUGCCCCAAGUGCCAUCUGUCUCGUUGGAAGGUUGGAAAGGACGGUAAACCUAGGAUUAAUGUUCCAGCCAAUGUAAUGUGGUAUUUUCCGAUAAUUCCUCGAUUUAAACGGAUGUUUAAAUCUCCUGCCACAGCUGAACUUAUGAGUUGGCAUUCGAACAAGCGAAUUCAAGAUGGCCAAAUGCGUCAUCCAGCCGACUCUCCUUCUUGGAGGAAUAUUGACUAUAGGUGGCCUGAAUUUGGUAGUGAGUCUAGAAACAUUCGCUUAGCAUUAGCUGCUGAUGGAAUAAACCCGCACAACAAUGGCCUUACCAAUAGGUACACUUGCUGGCCAGUAGUUUUGGUAACUUAUAACCUUCCUCCAUGGUUAUGCAUGAAGAGGAAGUUUAUGAUGCUAACUAUACUAGUUUCAGGUCCACAUGAACCGGGUAAUAACAUUGACGUGUAUUUGCAACCAAUGAUUGACGAUCUGAAAAAGCUUUGGGAUGAAGGUGAACGGAAUGUAUACGAUGCGUAUACAAAGUCUUAUUUCACAUUAAGAGCUGUUUUAAUGUGGACCAUAAACGACUUUCCAGCGUAUGGGAAUUUAUCGGGCUGUGUGAAUAAAGGUUAUAUGGCGUGUCCAAUUUGUGGAGAUGACACAGUAGCUAAACAUUUAAAAUAUAGCAGAAAACUGUGUUACCAAGGACAUCGAAGAUAUUUGGCACCGCAUCAUCCCUAUAGGAGGAGUAAGGCAGCUUUUAAUGGAGAACAAGACUUUGGAUGUGCACGUCAACCCCAAUCUGGUGAAGAAGUGCUAAGGCUGCAGGAGCAGAUUGAAUUUACAUUUGGGAAGGAGGUGAAAAAAGCAAAAAAAGUGGAUUGUCCAUGGAAGAAGAAGUCAAUUUUCUUCGAGUUGGAGUAUUGGAAAUUUCAUCACGUACGUCAUUGUCUCGAUGUUAUGCACAUUGAAAAAAAUGUGUGUGAUAAUUUAAUCGGGACAUUGUUGAAUCUUCCAUUCAAGAGUAAAGAUAGCGUGGACUCUCGUCGUGAUAUGAUUGAAAUGGGUGUGAGGCCUGACCUGGCUCCAGAAGUAGGAGAAAAGCGAACCUACCUCCCCCUGCCCCUUAUACUUUGUCAAGAGCAGAAAAAAGAACGAUGUUAG